GCCAUGCUGCUGCGGCCGCUGCGGGGCUGGGCCGCCCGGGCGUUGCACCGCGUCAGGCCGGGGAGCCCCGGGCCGCGAGGGGCGCAGCGCCGGGCCGAGCCGCCGGACAACUCAGCUAAAGGUAGAGAAAAUGAAAAAGAGAAAAAGUCCGUGGUCUGUGUGGAGGGCAACAUUGCCAGCGGGAAGACGACUUGCCUGGAAUUCUUCUCCAGCACGACCGACGUCGAGGUGUUAAUGGAGCCCGUGUCCAAGUGGAGAAAUGUGCGUGGCCACAAUCCUCUGGGCCUGAUGUACCGCGACGCCUGGCGAUGGGGCCUCACGCUGCAGACGUACGUGCAGCUCACCAUGCUGGAGCAGCACACGCGCCCACAGACGGCACCUGUACGGUUGAUGGAGAGGUCCAUUCACAGUGCAAAAUACAUUUUUGUAGAAAACCUGUACAGAAGCGGGAAGAUGCCUGAGGUGGACUACGUGGUCCUCUCCGAGUGGUUUGACUGGAUCGGGAGGAACAUGGACAUCUCUGUCGAUUUGAUAGUUUAUCUGCGGACCACUCCUGAGACCUGCUACCAGAGGCUGAAGAUGAGAUGCAGGGAAGAGGAGAGGGUCAUUCCACUGGAGUACCUGAACGCCAUUCACCGCCUCUAUGAGGAGUGGCUCAUCACAGGAAGCCGUUUCCCCCUGGAAGCCCCUGUUCUGGUGAUAGAGGCCGACCACAACAUGGAGAAAAUGCUGGAAGUCCUUGAGCAGAACCGAGACCGAAUAUUAACUCCCAAGACCUGGAAGCAUGGCCCGUAGGAUGGGAUCGCGCCAGAAACAUGCCUGUAGCUGCCCGGUUAGCAGUGAGCUGGAAGUGUCUCUCGGCCUUUUCUCCGGCUGGCUCUGUUUUCCUAAUGGGCUCUUCUCCUGGGCCAGCGCUGUUGUCCUUUCUAGCCCUGUGGGUGAGUGACGAACGGGACCAAUGGGUUUGUUGUGCCCUUUGUUGCCUGCAACCUCAUAGUCCCUGGGUAUCCUCCGGGGGUUUCCCACCCCUGAUCUCUCUGCUGAAGCCUUAGCGUAGCCACCACCGCGUGCCCACCACUGCCCUUGGCCCUGCGUAUUUGGAACACAGGGGGCCAGGGAACAGGUCUGUGUCCAGCUGAGGAAUCUGGGGCUCAGCCCAGGGCUCACACAGUGGUGCUGGCACUGUCAGGACCAUUGGCCAUGCCUCCUCAUGUGCAGGGCGAGCCGACCGCAUGUGGAGCUGGUUUUCUCCACACCGAGCCAUGCAGACUUUCCCACAUGGUGCUGCUGGUGCUGCAGCGUCCACCCCUCGGCGUCUGGACUGACCAGGGCCACAGCAGGAGUCCUGUGGCAGCCAUUCCUGUGGUGCUGAGGGGCGUGCUUGAACGGCUCUGGGUUCCAUGGCAGGGAAAUAGCCCCCAGGUCCUGGCCGGUUUUCCCAGAGCCAGGCAGGGACAAGCGACAGCCAGCCCUGGCUUCCCAAGUUCCCUCGCUCCCCUGCCUAUGUGGCCCGGGAGAUGUGUAGGCCACCUGGAGUCUUUUAGAACUGGUUGUCUAUGCAAGGUCAUCUCGGGCCACAGAGCACGAAGCCGUGUGUGUUAGUCCAGAAAUCGGCUCGGCUCCGCUGAGCUGCAACAACGCAUUGACGGUGCAGCUGCCUCCUGAGUCACGUGGGAGGCAAGAGCCAGGCAGAGCGUUCCCUGUGGGAAAGUCGGGUCUGGGAGCAAAGGCUCCCGAAGCGUGGCUGCCCCUGAGGUGUAGCGGCGAGGGGAGAACCCGGAGAAGCGGCUGCAGACGGCCGUGAGGGUCCCCAGGCACCUGCUCCGGUGUGGGUGCCCCUGUCCCUGGGGCCCUCUCCCUUGAAGCUGGCACUGCGGGCCCAGCCAGCACGAAGCAGUCAAGGAGUGCAGCCCCGCUGCUUCCUCUUUGGACCAAUUCCUUGGUGGAUGCUGCAGGACUGUGGGCAGCAGCCACGUGGGGACCGCCCAGCACCGGGGUGAACCGGAAACUGGGGGGCAGGGACCUUUGCACCCAGGCAUCUUGAUGUGCUGGGGCCAACCUUGGGAAUUCAUAAAUGAACAGUCCAGGCUUUCCCCUCGGCUCAGUCUGAGCACCGUUUUGAGAGAAAUGUAAUUUUUCUCUAGCUCUGUGGUAGCCAGUAAAUCCUUCCAAACCCUGAGGUCCAUCUCGGAGAGCUUCCCUGCCAGCGUGGUAGCUCCCUGGGGCUUGCUUUUGCCGUUAGGAUAAUGUGUUUUGUUUCGUUUUCCUUGAGUACCUGGUUUCCUAAUGUGGAGUGUGUGGGUCCAAAAAGAGCCUGCCGUCCUCCCACCCCGUGUGCACCAGUCGGGAGCCUCCCGGCCUGCAGGACACCCGGAAUGGCCAGAGUCAACUUGUGCAGGGGCUGCUGGUGGCCAGGGUCGCAGAGCAGUUAGGGACAAUGGCCACAGGCCGGGGCAGAUGACAUGCGGUGGGUGUGAUGGGGGCCUGGUGCUCAGAGUGCAGAGACGCCCUGAGAGGCUGGGGCAAGCACACGGAGUGGAGGGGGCGAGCCAGGGCCUUGAUCUUCCAAAGCUGGUGACGUCACUCCAUUCUCACUGCGAGGUUGGGUCUGCGGGGCCGAGGUCCGUAUGCCCAGCACUACCUCCGCUGUGCUGACUUGCUGAUUCUUCAGAAAGAUGUUGACCAGCCUAGACGUUUCCUCAGUUAGCCUUUUUAUCAGGAUAAUUUCAAUGUCUAUUUAAGCUUUUUGAUUUUUCAUGUAAAAUACAUGAUUUGAACCAUUAAAAACAAAUUUCAUGUGUCUGUGGUGAUGAAGA